UUUUUUUUUACACCUUUACCCUUUUUUCUUCCUUCUUCACUCUUCUUCACUCUUCUUCACUUUUUUUUGUUUCAACAAUAAGAAAAUAAAGCGACCCAAUCAUGCCUCUUAUCACCAGUGAUCAAGCAACUGAAUCCGCCUUGAAGAAGGAUGGUAUCAUCCCUGAUCUUCUCGACUCGUUCCAACCCAAGACCAUGCUUGUCAUCAGCUACGGCGAUGGUCUGGAGGUUGCGCUUGGCAACACCUUGCCUGUCAAAGACACUCAGAAUCCUCCCCAGAUUUCCUUCCAAGUCGAGAAUCCUGAUGACAAGUACACAUUGAUCUUGACGGAUCCUGAUGCGCCAAGCCGUGCGAAUCCCAAGAAUCGUGAGUUCCGUCACUGGACGGUCACAAACAUCUCUGGUGCAUCUGAUUUCCAGCCUGCAGAUGUCUCGCAGGGGAAUGUUCUUACAGAGUAUAUGGGUCCAGCACCUCCAGCGGGCUCGGGACCACAUCGUUACAUCUUUUUACUGUUCAAGCAGACAUCAUCUAGCGAUGCUUCAGCCCUGACAACCCCUCUGACUGAUCGCCCAAAGUUUAACACCAAAGAAUUCACAUCCCAAGCAGGACUCGAGUUAGUCGGCGCCAAUUAUUACUUUGCAGAGAACCCUUGAAAGACAAGGAAAGAAACAAAAAGAUAAAAUUUCUUUUAACACUUCUUCUUUAGCUAAUAAAAAAAUUCAAUGUUGAAGGCCA